AUGGAGGCUUGGGUUUUGUUUUUUGGGAUACUCUGGAGUAGCUUGAUUGUAAGAUUGGUAGGUACAUAUACGUUGACGGACGAGCAAAAUUUACACACGGCACUGCUGUCUGGAUACAACACAGACUUACGACCCGGAACUGACCGAUCUUUUCCUCUUAACAUUAGCGCAUCCUUUGCUCCGUUUUCGAUCAAGGAAUUCGAUCUAGACACAGGGAAAUUUACACUAACUGGUAUUUUUGUAAUAGAAUGGAAUGACGAAAGGCUCGCCUGGAACCUGGCUACAUACAACCAGAUAAACGUCACUUCCUUUCCUCAAAGUAAAAUAUGGCUUCCGAAUUUUAUCAAUAUAAAUGCUUACGAAGAUAUAAGAGGACUGGGCAGUGAUUUGAUGCGGGUGGAUGUGUUUUCCUCAGGACUCUGCUCCUGGUAUGCUCUGCAGACAUUUGAGGUCAUGUGUGAUACUGACGUCUCUAAGUAUCCCUUCGAUAUGCAGUACUGUACCUUGGAGUUCAGCAUCUGGGGCUAUCAGCCAGGUGAUAUAGAUGUGUAUUUCAAAUCUCCGCAGGCUAUACUGACAUUGUAUUCUGAAAACGGUAUUUGGGAAAUCGCCAAAUCAACAACCCACACGGAAGACAAUUCUUACGGUUAUGAAAAAAUCCUUGUUGGUUUUCAUCUGCAACGCAGACUAACGUACUACAUCACUACCAUGAUCUUGCCGCUAGCGUCAAUAGCACUCCUGUUCGCUUUCGUUUUUCUUAUACCCCCGGAAUCCGGUGAAAGAUUAGGAUAUUCCACCACAAUUCUCCUCGCUAUCGUCGUCUAUCUGACGAUUAUACAAGACAUGCUCCCUGAGUCCUCAGAACCCGAUGUUUCUGUACUGAGUUACAUCUUGGUUUGUUAUGUAGUGAGCGGGGUCGUCCUUGUAAUACUGGUUAUUGGGAGUUUGCGGAUUCAAAAUCUGCCUUCCAGUAAACCUGUUCCUGAUCUUUGUGCUCGCUUCGUAAUAUUUUGCAGAAAGAGAAAAACUGAGAAUGCAGUGAAGCGUCUGGACUCUAAGUCGAUGGAAGUUAAUGAUGAUGAUGAUGAUGAUGAUCGGAUAAAAAAAGUCACCUGGACAGACGUUGGGCAUUGCUUUGAUAUGAUAUGCUUUCUUUUUCAAAUUUCUAUUUUCAUAAUCACUCUGGUGAUUUUCUUUGCUUUGACAAGCUCAUAA